CCGUCCCCACCCUAUCCGUUGGAUACCGGUGACACGCCUCAGCACUUUACGCUGUUUCCGCUCUCGCUCGGUCAAAUAUUAAAAGAGUUCUCCGUCACCGAGAUGCAUCUAUCCUUGAACUCGGGUAAAUGGGACUAUAUCAAAUGGGGAUAUCCGGAUGCAGUAGAGGAGGGCGUUGGCACUGGUGCAGAGCUGUGGGCAUGGAUGGCGAGUGACGGUCAUGGUGGCGACGAAGGGGUUGAUGCGCGGUGGACAGGUCUCCGGAACGGCCUAGCAGGUCUUUUCUGUGCAUCGCUCACGAGCAUGGACGAUAAACGCACGACGGUCCCGUACAGCGCCUUUCCACUCCUUGGCUCACUUCCGUCAUUGGACACGUCGGUGCAGCUCCGCCACGCCAGCCUUCCUUCCGAAAAUGUCUGCACAGAAAAUUUAACACCCUUCCUCAAGCUUCUGCCUUGCACAUCACGCUCCGGCAUAGCACAGCUGCUCAACUCCUACAAACUGUUCGAUGCGGACUGGCAUGGCAUGGGAGUCCAUGUGUUCUACCACGGCGGAAGGACGGGCAAGAAGGGGGUAGAGGUUCGCUUAACGUUUCAAGCUGUUUUCGAUCCCGUCCGUCUUUCGUCCGAUCACAAGCGCGACUGGUCUCUCCCGAGCCUUUUCGGCCGCACCAUCGAGCGGGGUUGCCCCGUGGCGCGAAGCAGCCUUGUGCGUGUUGGAUUGCCUAUGGACGGGGUCCCCUAUGCGCUCUCUCCCGACUCCCAUGUUGUCCAUAAGGAGGAAGGUGUCGCGGUGUACGACGUCCAGACUACCACCCCGUUGGAUAUAGGUAUGGUUUGGCCUAUGGAACGCGCAUUCGUGCCCCCUCUGUCUCCGACACCACCACCCCUCUGCAACUCACAGAAGACGCCGCCAGUGCGAGCCACCCGGAAGCUUACGACAUCCUCGCAAGCGCGCGGAUUGCUUUCCGCGGCGCUGCAGAACACUCUCGAUGAAGAUGUUCAACUGCUGUACACGGAGACUAUGCCGUGGCUCGUUACGUUCUACAUGCACACCCUCGAUGUUACCCUCGAUGGCGUCCCGCGUCCUGAUCUCAUGCGCGUGCUCGAGUAUGUGCCAUCAUCGGAUGCGCGUCCAACUUUGCUCCAAGCCGCACUUCGCAUCCCGCCCAAAGGCACGCUCAGGAUUAACAUGAAGGUGGAGAAAGCGUUCUUGAAGUACACCGACCACAUGCCGGAUGCCCAACGGGGAUGGGAUCUGCCUCCGGCAAUCUUGACGCUGCGCGGGCAGCGCGGCGUCGGUGCCAACUCUUCGCACCCGGCUGAUGAACACGGAAGAGCCUAUAUCUACACCCCAGCGCUGCUUGUUGAUCUCGCGACUCCGGAUUUCAGCAUGCCCUAUAACGUCAUCAUCAUGAGUUGCACGCUCAUUGCACUCAUAUUUGGCAGCGUCUUCAACCUGCUGACGAGACGAUUCCUGGUGGUGGAUGUAGACCUUCCG